UGCAUCAGCGCCUCUAGACUUGGGGCUCGCAUGCCCGAAGCACAACCUUUAGGUCCGUUCCCGAAAGUCAUCAAGAAUGGGCCUUUUGCGUUUCAACAAGGCAGCUCGAACCCUGACAAGAAGCGAACGGCGCAACAUUACUUUUUUCUCCGCCUUGGGCCUUGGCAUUGCCAUGGGGCUCUUAUUCCUGAUGCAGGAUAUGGCUGAGUCUGGCGCCGAAGGUUUGCCGGCCGAAGCACGGAGGUUAAAUUCAACGGAAAUAGAAGUUACAACAACGGAACCGGCGAAUUUCUAUCCACGGGAUUUGCUCUUGGGUCUAGCCACAGACUACGAGAAUAAUAGUUACUUCAACGUUAAGCCGGUAGAACGAAAAUUCCUUGCUAUCUUCCACGUGCUUGGUAUGGCCUACAUGGUGCUUGCAUUGAACACAGUUUGCGAUGUUUACUUUGCGGGAUCUAUUGAUCUCUUGUGCGAAGCAUGGGACCUCACUCCAGAUGUAGCUGGAGCAACCUGGAUGGCUGCGGGUGGAUCCGCACCGGAAUUUUUCACCUCUUUGGUUGGUGCUACCAUCGCCCAGAACGACAUUGGAUUUGGCACCAUUGUUGGCUCCGCCGUCUUCAACGUGCUCUUCGUGAUCGGAUUGUGCGGGUAUGUUGCCAAAGGCAACAUUGACCUGACAUGGUGGCCACUCUUCAGAGAUUGCUCUUAUUACAUCACCUCUUUGGCAGUUUUGGCCACUUUUGUCUCCGACCAAGUUGUGGAAGCUUGGGAGGCUGGCGUGCUCUUCGCAAUGUACAUUUGCUAUGUUGCUUUCAUGUUUGUGAACCGGCCACUGAACGUGUGGGCGUAUGAACUAACAGGCACUCCCUUGAACAAAGAGCUGAGGGAGUACGUUCAGGAGAAACGUGCUGCAAGUGGCAAGGUUGAACCCGAGAAUGCGACUGAAGCGACCGAGCCCGAUGCGCCCGAUGCCAUGACACGGCCAGAUGAGCCUCCAAAGCCAGCCAAGGACAACUUUAUGGAGCAUGACAAGGUUGUUGUGAAAAGUCCUGAUGAAGAUGAAGAUCAUGAACCUGAAGACCUGGCGGAGAAGCUUGCAGACAAGAUUCCGGGCAAGGAGGACAGCAAGGGUGCCUCGAUGGAAGACGUGGACGAUGACGAUGACGACGACGAUGAGCCGGACGAUUUCAUGGAACGGCCAGACGGCACGGUGAGUUUGAUCAUUUGGGUGCUGUGCCUCCCUGUGUAUAUUCCCAUCUACUACACACUGCCAUGGCCCCGAAAGGGACAGAAGUUGUACAUGGUCUCCUUUGGUCUUUCUUUGCUUUGGAUCGGGAGCUUUGCUUUCCUUCUGGUUUGGUGGACUGAGAUCGUAGCUGCAAUUAUUGGGAUCCCUACCAUCAUCUCUGGGCUCACGUUCCUUGCGGCUGCGACAUCCAUUCCGGACGCAGUCAGCUCAAUGGCUGUUGCUCGGAAAGGUCAAGCUGAUAUGGCCGUGAGCUCCUCGGUGGGCUCCAACAUUUUCGACAUCCUGGUGGGCCUACCAGUUCCGUGGUUGAUCAAGCAUGCAAUCGAGUCGAGUAGCGAUGGUUGGCCAGGGGUGACGAUUCGGUCUCCGUACUUGAUGUUCUACACAUGCCUUUUGCUGGGAAUGGUCUUGGGAACUGUGGUCAGCAUCAUGAUCAGUGGCUGGAAGUUGAGCAAGUUCCUUGGUGGGUGUAUGGCUGUCCUCUACAUCGUCUUCAUCGUCACCUGUGUGCUCAUUGAAGAACUUCAGCCUGCCGGCUUACGGACGAACUAGUAAAGCCCAGCGACCUUGACUGAGCCCUAGCGGCCCGGCACGCCCCGAUGCGCCCCGCAUGUCACAAGCGGCCAAAAUAUUUGAAGCUUCUAAUGCACCCGGCAUUAGCAGAAAUGAAUCAGACCAUAGCAUUCGCAGGCUUGUAUCUCCCCCCCAGACACACACGGUUGCUGUGUGUACAGCUUCUGUGCUGUGCUGCUUCCAUACAAAUCAGACUUGUUGCAGUGUGAUCCUGCUCC